GGGGCUCUCUGGGAUGGGGAGGAGUGUGUGCUGCCGGUGCUAAUAUGACGGUCAUAAAUCCCUGAUUUCACUUCAGUGUCCGUCUGAGAGUCUGCAGCCGAGGUCUGAACCGCCAGCAGGCUGCACAUCUCCUCAGAUGCUGAGGAAGGAGGGUGGAGGCAACACAAAAAAGGAAAAGAAGAUUUCAGCACCGGAGCUGUCCGUUCUGCUGCUCCUGGAGAACGCUUUAUUCCUCCAGAAGAAGAAAAAGAAGGCUCCGUUUUUUCUGAGGAGGAUAACAAACUGCCAUCCAUCUCCUUGCAGAACGGGGAGAGCAAAAGACAAAAAGGUGCACAUACUUCAUUCGAGUCUUUGCCAUGCUGGACGGCCGGGCUUGAGGCAGAGAGGAUAAAGUCCCCCUCCUUCCAAAAUAACCAGGCUUGGUUGUUGUUUUUCAUCCCUUUACGCCAUGGGAGUCCUCAUGUCAAAGAAGCAGCAGGUGGAGAAGGUGCAGAAAUGCAGCGCUGUCGUCUCUGCCUUCCAGGCCGGCAUCAAGGAUCGCGCUGUCGCAGUCAAGCAGCCAGAAGGAGAUGCAGAAGAAGGUGAGGGGCCUGCCAAGACUUCAGCCAAUCAGGAGGAAAAAAAACCUGAGGAGGCGGAGCAAGAGGAGACCGACAACGGCGCAGGUCCGUCCACCUCCCAGCAGGCCUCAGCUCCGGCGAGGGACGAGUGCAAAGUCAACCAGGAGGCCUGGUCGAGGUUACGGGACGGGAAAGGAGUCGAGCCGGAAGACCUCGACAAGAGCCAUCAGCUCACACCGCCUGCUUUCGUUCGACCUAAAAGGGAAGCCGACGAUGACCAACCUGUAGGGGUGGAGCUGGAAAAGAAAGAGCAGCCACCGAGCGAUGAGAUGUGCGAUGUGUGCGAGGUGUGGACGGCCGAUGACUUGUAUCCCUGCCGGAUCUGCACUCGAGUGUUUCACGACGGCUGCCUGAGGGAGCUGGGCUACCUGCGAGCCGAGGCCUUGCAGGAGAUGAGAGAUACAGCCCACACUGUUACUGGCUGGAGCUGCUACUAUUGUGACAAUCUGAAUCUACUCCUGACAGAGGAAGAGAUGUAUAGCCUCAUGGAGACCUUCAAGCAGUGCAAGAUCAUCCCAGAGUCAUGCCUGGUGUCAGAUGAGCUGCUGCAGUACCGCCACUUCGUAUCCAAGCAACAGUUUGAUAAGGACCUGACUGAUGAGCAGGAGGAGGAGGUCCUGGCCCAGUUUGCUGCGCUGGAUCCAGAGAAGAAGGGUCACAUUGAAUGGUCGGACUUUCUCUACUUUGAGUCUCUGGCUGUGUUGAAGAAGUUUCGCACGGAGAACUCUCUGGUGCGUCUGUUGACCGCCAAGGAAAGAGACAGCGUGAGGUCAGCGUUCCUGGGUCUGGCUCUGGGUGAAGACGGCUUGAUCUCAAGAGCCGAGUGCCGCCAGGCCCAGCAGUCCUGGUUCAACAAGCUCAAUAAAGACUCACAGUCCUGCAAUGUGAGACUCAUGGGAUUCUGCUCUCCUAUGAAUUGUGGCAUCAGUAACGUUGGCCCUAUAUGUGAGAGCAGUCCGACCAGCUCUGGCAGCGAAAGGAGCAAGACUGAUGAGAGCAGGCCAGUAGUGACCUGGGCAGACUUUCUAAGGGAGAGUGCCAUCUUUAUUCUGGCUGCACGGCCCAAUAGUUCUGCCAUGCACAUCCAGCUGCCUCUAUAGUCCAGGAUCUCUGCACUCAGCAGAGAAAGGGAGAGAUCGAGGGAGCACCCUAUAGUCUACAGAUGAGCGAGGGAAAAGACCGACAUGCUGACACCACGACACAAGGAUGGCAGACCGGAUGAAGCACCGAGAGGAAGAUCAAGCCAUCGACAGCAUCUCUCCCCCUCUGCCUCACCUCGACACCACAACACUGACGACUGACAAGCCGACGACAGCUGCUGGGUCCCAAACUCCAAAAAACCCGACAGCUACCUACAAAUUUGAGAGAACAGAACGAGGAAGAACAACCACCCACUCGCAACUAGUCGGUCUGGGAUGUUUAUGAAAACUUUGAAUAUCAGUCAGACAGGCUCCAGACUGGACCUCCAGCUUCGUGACACACCUUUCCCAGUGGGUCCAUUAGUGUGACAGGCUGUUACUCUUUCAAGUAUUCAAUCCUUUCAGGCCUCAUUGUGUCCUAAUAAUAUCUCCAUGAUACUCCAAUGGGAUUGUGUUAUUCACCAUUAAAAUUGUUAAUCCUGCUGCACAGAGGCACAUGCAAAUUCCUUAUUGAUUUCAGGGAGGAGAUGAACCCCUACAGGUACAUUAUCAGAACAUAUAGCAAACAAGAAUGAAAGCUACCUGCAUACAUUAUAAGAGGACUGCUAUACAUGCCAGUAUUAAUUAUUAUUAUUAUUAUGCAUUAAAAGGCUGUAUUUAUUCCUGUAUCCUAUGAUAUAUCCUCUGUUUCCCCCAUUUUCCGUGUUCUUCUGACAUACUAACUGUGAAAAAGGAUGUUAAUGAAAGCUAACCCUGUAAGUGACAUGUAUAUUCUGCCAUAUAUUUGUUCCUGUUCCUGUUCUUGUUCUUGCACUUUGACGAGGUGGAAACAUCCGCUCCUCCUGUCCUGAUGUCAUUACUUGCACUGCAGGAAUGAGUUGUAUCUAGUUGGACUGUUGUGUGAAUAACCACUGUACUGAAAUACUGAAAGACAAUGUGAGGUCUGGAGCAAAUAUUCGUCCUUUGUUAAUAUGCAGAAGCACUGUUUAAAGGAAUUGCUAUGGAAAACAUGUUGGAAAUUCUCUGAUGUUACAGGUUAUAAAUUAAUUGCACAUGAAACUACCCCUAGAAUCACUGGAAACAUAACUGUAGGACUUCAUGUAGUGUUUAUGCCAUGUAACGAAGGUUCUAUGCCAGGUCGUCCUAGUGAAUAAAGUAUGGUAAUGACAUGAAACUUGUGUCACAAUGCUGAAAUAAAUGCAUGGCAUUCAGA